AUCUAGGGCCCAUAAAUAUCAUAUACAUAUGUGUUUAUCACAUGUGUUCAAACGGCUUCUCUGCGACAUCGCCGAGAAUAGCCGAGACUUUCCGAUGUCUUGAGGCACCCUUAAUUAAUAAGUGACUAACACUUCUUCUCAUUAGCAUACUGAGCUUAAUCUGCGUACUUCACACAUCUAAUUUAUGAAUUUGACAGAAUGACUGGCGCUGUGAUGUUUGUUAUGUAAUCGAGAAGGUGUUGAGAAGUGAUCACAAUAAUUCGCAUCCAGCUUCGUUUUGUUUUUAGUGAAUUUGUUUGUUUUUUUUUUUGAGAUGCUGUCGAAAGAUUUCGAGCUAACCGAUCAACUCUAUAAUCCAAUCAACAAUCUCACGCAGAUGGAACUAAUGGAAAAAUUUAACAUAGCCUUCUACGAAGGCCAGAAUCUUUCAAGGUACGAGAUAUCGAAGGUUUUCGAAGAAUACACCCCUUCUCCAACUUUCGAGAAACCCCCAACUCCAGUCGAAGACGACCAUAUCCCCAUAGAUAUCCUGGUGGACUACCUCACAGAACCGGACACUCCAACGACCAAUUUCGACUUUGAUUUUGAAGAUCUCAACAACACCUUAGAGUUUACAGCCCCAAAUAAGCGCCAACCGAGUGUUUCAGAGUCCGAAUCUUAUGCCGAUUCAGAAACAUAUGUAACAGAUUCAGAUUACAGGUCUGGAUCGGUCAGAGAUGACACCUCUCAGUUUUCUGAGCUGUUUAACGCCGGGCCUCAGGAAGCUCAGCAGUCGAACAAUCUGCUGGAUAACUUGGACCUGGACGAUAUAUGCGAGAGUUUGUCUAACAAUUCUUUCGAUUUCAAUGAGUUGUCUUACGAUAUUAGCGAUUUUAACAAUGGUGGCUUAUCGGAUAUGGGCAUUGAAAGGACGAAUCUGGAGUUCAACCAGUUUCUUAGGAGUGUGCCUGCCGACGAUUUGAGUUUUUCUGCAUCGGAUAGUUUGGUCAAGAACGAAUUCGGACAUUUGAUCAGGAAUAGAUGCGGCAACAACAAUAUUUCCUCAAAUUAUAUGUACAUAAACGAUAACAGUCAAUAUGGUGCUUUAUCGGACAACCAGUCCGUCAUUUCCCAGAGUGAAAAUUUGAUAAUUGGCGAUCCUUUUUUGGACACAACACUUUUGAACGAUGAAAGCCACCAAUCCAUCUGUCAAGAAGAAAACUCUUUUCACUCAGCUUCGGAAAGUGAGGACAAUGUGGGACUGUCUUGCAAAUGGGAAAACUGUUUUCAGGUAUAUCCGAGUCAGAUGAGUCUGGUCAAACACAUCGAAAAAUCUCAUGUGGAAUUCAAAAAAUCUGGAGACGAGUUCGUUUGUUAUUGGUUGAACUGUCCUAGAAAAGUGAAGCCUUUCAAUGCCAGAUACAAGUUGUUGAUUCACAUGAGGGUUCAUAGUGGAGAAAAACCAAAUAAAUGUCCGUUCAAAGGAUGUACGAAGGCAUUCUCCAGAUUAGAAAACUUGAAGAUCCACCAAAGAAGUCAUACAGGAGAAAGGCCAUACAUGUGUCAGUUUCCCAGUUGUCCUAAAAGCUUCUCGAAUAGCUCGGAUAGGGCUAAACAUCAAAGAACACACUUCGAUACGAAACCUUACGGAUGUCAAGUACAGGGUUGCACAAAGAAAUAUACUGAUCCGAGUAGUCUGAGGAAGCAUGUUAAAAACCACAGCAUAGAAGAACAGCUUCAAUUGAAGAACCGGUCACCGGAAGAAUACCCUACAAGAAUACCUCCAGCAGUUUUGAGUGGAUCUUGCCGGAUGGAUCAUUCCAAACAACAAAAAACAGAAACUGUUCGACAUUAUACGACUUUUGAGCACAACUAUUCUAAUACACAAUCGGAAGUUAGGAAAUCAAUCACAAACGAGAUCAAACGAGACCUCAAAAACAAAAUUAGCCAAAGGAAUAAUUUGUAUCUUUUGAAAUGAUUCAAUUUUAUACCUUGUGAUCGAUAUGACCCAAAAGUAGAAAAAACUUCCAAAUCAGAUCAAGCUGAAAUGUAAUGCUUUGUUUCCAAUGAAUUUUGGGGUUGAAAUAAUUUAAUAUGACUAUUUCAUUAUGAUCUUAUUGCCAAAAAAUUUAAUAUAUGUGACCAAAUGCAUUAUAAAUUAUUCUGCCAAAUACGAUAAACGCCAAUAAUUGUUAUUCGUACGAAUGAUACAAUUUAUAUUUUUAUUUAUACAUAUUUCAAAGUUCUACGAGAACUUGAUAGCGAAGAAAAAUGAAUAAUUAUUUUUGUAUGAAUAUAAUAGGUUUUGUAAAUAAUAGUUUUCACCAUAAGAAUUGUAUAUAGAAGUUUCUUAUGAAACUUAACCGAGUGUUUCAAUCCAGUCACUAAAUUUAAGAUGAUCUCAAUGGGGACUCAAAAAUCCUCGUUAGUUGUAACAUAAUUUGUAUAUAAUUUGUAUUAAGAAUAUAAGU